CAAUGCAUGAGGGCCCCUGGCCCCAACUCGGGGAUUCCCCUUGGCGGGGGCCAUAUGUGAUACUUCAUGCGGGGCUUGGGCAUGUGACAGUCUGAAGAAAGGAAACACGUUGGUUUGAUUAUACGGUGGCAUAUGACAAUCGGCGGCACUUGUAGCUCCCAUCGAGCACCCGCCACCGGACAGUACCCCACGUGUAUGGCAGGAGAGGGGGGGCAUUUUCCGCUUGUUCUUGCUGGCGGGCUGGGAGCAUGGAAAUGUGGGGAAGGGGGCCAGGCGGUCCAAGGGCGCCGCUCCUCAACACUGAUGACUCGUAGGGAUGUGUCGGUGCCGGGGAGCUUGCCGCUCCAGGCCCAUGCCCCGCCGCCCCCUGCCAGGCGUCCCCCUGUGGGACGAGGUGGGUGUUGGAAGUUCGGACCGCCGUGCCGGGCGAUUGGCGGGGACCGGCCUGCAGCAAACAUCGGGUGCGCCCUCCUGGCACGACCGCCCGGCAUGCAGGGCGGGCGUGGAGGCGGGGGGGCUGCCAUGAACCGGUGGACGUUAGUCCGGAAGCGCCAGCGGCGCGAGCCUCCGGGGCCCUGGGCGUCAACAACCUAUCCGGGUGUUCAAGCGGCUCCGCCUGUCUGCCCAUCGGGUGGCGGGGGGGGGGGGGCCACUCGAUGCCGGUGUCAAGCCGUCUCGCUCGAAGUCUGGCCCGGCCAGUAUGGAUGAUGCUCAGCUCAAAGCGUUCUUUCCCCCCGGAGGGGAGAGUCACCACCAGCUGGGAUGGGUCACGCGCGCCAGGGCAUGUUCGCUGAAAUGAGAGGCGACCCCUUUUCAUUCCCGGCGGGAGGGGGAAGGGGGGGGGGAUGGGCCCGGGCACCUUUUCGUCGGCAUGGGCCGGGCUUUGUUGAAUGUCCCCACUCGGUGUUCGCGGGUGGAUGAGUGUGCUGGAUACCCGAGGGCGAGAGGGGCAUGGGGGGGGGGGGGGGGGG